AUGUGCAUUGGGUAUGCGGCCGGCCUCCUUCUCGCCAACGUCGGCGUCAUCCUCAUGCAGUCGGGGCAGCCCGCGCUCUUGUACCUCGUGCUGUGGAACCUCUGGGUCGGCCCCAAAGAGGUUUUCGCCAUGCCCGAGGCCGAGCCCGAACAUCCUGUCACCGACUAUGCCAAGCAGGACCCGACACCGACGGUUGUAUAAUCUAAUCGU